GUGCGAACGAGGAACACGCGAGCGGAGAAGAAAAAACACCGUGCCUUAGUUUCUUUUUUCUUUUUUUAUCGUCUCCUCCUCUUUCGCCGCUCUCUCUCUCACCAAACCUCUGCUCUGCGAAAAUGGCGAUGAAGGCUUCUCUCAAAGGCAAGUACGAUGCUGACAAGACCAGUGGAAUCGGUUCAAUCGCCUUUAACGCCGGCGAUAUUAAACUACGUGCAACUAUGACCGAUGCUACCCUCGUCGCCGGCCCUACUUUGAACGGCCUCUCUCUCGCCGUCGAAAAGCCUGGUUCCUUCAUCGUCGAGUACAACGUCCCUAAGAAGGAUGUUAGGUUUCAGUUCAUGAACACAGUAAGGAUUGCUGAGAAGCCUUUGAAUUUGACUUACAUUCAUAGCAGAGCAGAUAACAGAACAAUUCUCGAUGGGAGUCUUUUGAUUGAUUCUGCAAACAAACUCUCUGCUAACUACAUGGUUGGCACUAACAACUGUAAGCUUAAGUAUUCUUAUGCUCAUGAUGGGUUAGCUACCUUUGAGCCGUGCUAUGACUUGGCGAAAAAUACAUGGGAUUUCGCGGUUUCUCGGAGGUUUUACAGUGGUGACACUGUCAAGGCAACUUAUCAGACGUCUAGUAAGUUGCUUGGUAUGGAAUGGUCGAAGAACACCAAAACAAGUGGAUUCAAGGUAUGUGCAUCUGUGAAUCUGGCGGACGAAGUGAAAAACCCGAAAUUGACUGCAGAAACUACAUGGAACCUCGAAAUGUAGUCUCCUUUUUUCACACACUUACCCGAGUUUCACUUCACAUUGUUAUGCUCAUUAUAAUUACUAGCAGUUCUUCUUCGUCCAUUAUCUUUAUAAUGAUUUCUAAAAAUUUGCAAUA